AUGCAGAAGAUGGGAAACCUCUUCCUGGAUCAUUACAUUUUCCUCGUUGCCAUCAUCUUCCUCAGAUGGUUCAAGAAAGAUCAACUGAAUGAGCUAGUGGUGGGAGACACCAACGGGAAACUUUAUGUUUACAAGAAUGAUGACAGCAAACCCUGGGCUGUGCGAUCUUGCCAAGGAAUGCUCACAUGUGUUGGCGUGGGAGAUGUGUGCAAUAAAGGAAAGAAUCUCGUGGUGGCAGUGAGUGCAGAAGGCUGGUUUCAUCUUUUUGACCUGACUUCUCCAACUUCAAAACACUCAGAUGCUUCAGGCCACCAUGAGUUGGCAGCAGCAGAAGAGCAGAAGCCAGUGUUCAAGCAGCACAUUCCUGCCAACACCAAGGUCAUGCUGAUCAGUGACAUUGAUGGAGAUGGGAAGUGUGAGUUGGUGGUGGGUUACACUGACAGGGUGGUACGUGCCUUCCGCUGGGAGGACUUGUCGGAGAAUUCAGACCAUGUCUCUGGGCAGCUACUCCUGUUGAAGAAAUGGCUGCUAGAAGGUCAGGUGGACAGCCUCUCUGUGAACCCAGGCCCUGAUGGCUCACCGGAGAUGAUGGUGUCUCAGCCAGGCUGCGGUUAUGCGAUUCUGCUGUGCACCUGGGACUCCGAGCAGCAGGCCACGACAGAGGGAAGAGACAACUCUGCCCCGAGCAGUGAGGCCCCUAUUCGAGAUGUUAUUCUACACCAAACAUCUGGACGGAUUCACAACAAGAAUGUUUCCACUCAUCUAAUUGGUAGCAUUGGUCGAGGCUGCUCCAGUGAGAAUAGUGGCUCAGGUCUCUUUGCCCUCUGUACUCUGGAUGGGACAUUGAAACUCAUGGAGGGAGCAGACAAGCUGCUCUGGUCUGUGCAGGUUGAUCACCAGCUGUUUGCUCUGGAAAAGCUGGAUGUUACUGGCAAUGGACAUGAGGAGGUGAUUGCCUGUGCAUGGGAUGGUCAGACGUACAUCAUCGACCAGAAUCGGACUGUUGCCAGAUUUCAAGCAGAUGAGAAUGUCAGUGCGUUCUGUGCAGGCCUCUAUGCAUGCAAAGGAGGAAGCAACAGCCCCUGCCUGGUUUAUGUCAGCUUCAAUCAGAAGAUCUACAUCUACUGGGAUGUGCAGCUGGAGAGAAUGGAGUCCACCAACCUGUUGAAAAUCCUGGAUUGUGACCCAGAGUUUGGAAGUCUCCUGCAGCAGCUGGGUGUGGAAAGAGGCGACGUUUCUGCUGUCAAAGAUCUGAUUCACAAAACACUGUAUUUUCCUGAGAAACAGCAGCAGAGCAGCCCCUCGCAGUGUCAAGACCCUGCUGGAACAGACUCCUCUGCCCACUACGCUGCCAUCCAGGAUCCCUUAUAACAAGUCACGUGGAGACUGACAUCUUUAAUAUCAGCACAAACUCUUCUCUGACUGGAAUCGGGCAUCUAAUGAAGAUGAGACUGUUCUUUUCCCAUCUCUGUCAAAGCUUCCAGACAGCAAAGGGCGUACAGGCUGGGUUCUGUGGAGGGAUGUGCUUGGCUGUAGGCUUGAGUGAAGGUGGUGGGAUGAUUUGCUUUUAGCUGAGGAAGCUACCAGAACAGCAAGAGCCCAGGAUCCUGCUCAUUGGCCUUCCAUUGCCAGUUUCCAUGUUCUCCGCUAGCUAAAGCGCUUUAUGGGUGGCUGUGAAGGAGCACUGAGGUCAUAGAUGGAGAGAAUAGCUGAGCUCAGUCUCUGUUUUGGCCUUUUCUUACAACUGCUCGAGUGAUUACUUCUGAGUUCUUAGCAGGACCACAGUGCAGGAACUGCAGAUGGAGGAACUGAAUUAGGGAGCAGGCAACGUCCUUUCCCAUUUAGGUGUGUUUUUAAAGUAGACCCAGGCAUUGUUUGCCUUUGCUCUGCUGCUGCUCUUCUACCAAGCAGUUUCUCACAAACCACCUCCUGUUCUGAGGAGCUGGAGACAUGCAUGAGAAGAACCACAACUUGCACUAAUAAGGUGUCGAGAGGUAACAGCUCCAGCGAACCCCAGCUGUACUCAAGAGGCAUUGCUUGUCCCUGACUUCUUGGGCACGGUCAUCCCGGAGAUGGCUGUGACUUAGCAAAGCAGCUGUGAACUGGGCAGUAGGAGGAAUCUGUCUGAACCAUGGAUCUGUGGUGCUGUGAGCGCUUGGCCAUUCCAUAAUAAGCAGUGGAAAUGCCACACUUCCCUCUUGUUGUGGAGAAUACCAUGCUAUUUUGAGUCCUGCACAGCUGAAAGAUGUGGACCGGAGGUGAUGUUCCACUUGCUGGUAUGCAGAGUCUGGAAGAGGCCAUUGCUCACGCAGGCUGCUCACAUGCAAAGGCCCAGGCAGGAACCUUUCCAUGUGCUGCUGGUGUUCUGCUUUUCCCCAUCUCAGCUUGCCCCUUGCCUAACUCAGCUUAUUAGGAUAGGAGCAGCAGGCUCACCUGCUGUUUUGCAUCUUUUAUCUUCUCUCACUUGUGUGAUGUUUUAUUGGACAUGCAUAAUGGAUGGAGCUGUCCCUUCACCCUUAUGGCAGCCUGAGUCAGAGCAAAUAUAAUCCAGUGAUCUCUCUUUAGCAAAUGGUAACAUUUAAAGAUCCUGCAGGCUGUUGAAAACCUGCUGUUCUAUACUCUGCAAAACAUCCAAGGGCAGUCCUAACUGGGAGAAAAAACUUCGUAUAGAGGAAAGGAGUGUCUUGCCCUUGGGUCAAAAGGACUGUUGUUGAAGUAGCCCUAUGUGGUAGAAGGGCAGGAUCUUUACAUAAUAAGCCCUAGCUUUUCUUUGGAAUUUCCAUCGGUAGAUUUAUGUAAUCUCUAUAGAGGACAACUUCUGUCCUCUGUGUUUGAUAGCUGUGAAAGUUGAAGCAUGGAGCAGUGAAAUGGCAUGACCUGCUCUGCGCCAGCUAGCUUGCUUCUCGGACCACUCUGUCUUCUGACUCUGUAACUAUAGUGGAAGCUUCUUUCCAUUUUAAUGACCUCACUGAGGAGCAUUUUUAAAUGUUCCCCUGUCAUACUAAGUGCUUAUGUACUACUGGAUCCUUCAGGCAGGAGCUCUAAAGUCAUAAUAGUGCUUUAGUAACAGUGGUGUUCAGAGCAGCAGGGCUUGAGUUUGUCAGCUAUGGAGAGCUGAUAGUGUAGGGACCACCUACUGAUGGGCUAAAGCAAGGAGUUGUCUUGAAGUUUGUCAGCUCUGGACUGUAACCUCAAGAAAUUGUCAGCUCUCGUGAUGCUGAGAUGUACAGCCACCCAUCCCAGUGGGCAAUCACCACUGCUUCUGGCAAAUUAGUCAGUGUGACCCCUUGGGCUCUCAUCAGUCUCAUAGUCCUUUCCUAAUGAGGAUGAGUCUUGUUGGGGCUAUUAACUAGAUCACAGUAUUUUGCUUCUUGCUACUUCCAGGUUUCUGUUUCCCAAAACCUAAAGCUGCUCUUUCCGAUCACCAGAACAAGUAAGGAUUCUCCCUUCCCUCCCUUCAGGUGAAGUAGUAGCAGUUGCUACUCUUAUCUCCUCCCCUUGGGGCCCAGCUGAGGUGGGGAGAAGCAGAUGUCCCUACAGAUGGGGUGAAUAGUUUGGUUUCACUGUAUUCUGAGAUAAUUCCCACCUAGCCCUGUUGCUACCUGAUUUUAAUCUUGCACUUCAAAAUUAGUGGAACUGACGUGAAGAGGGACCACAGCGAAACGGAACUCUGCAGGGCAGUUUCCAGAAGCAUACAACAGAAAUGACAUUGUAGCAAUGUCCCUGCACAGGCCUGUGUCGUGGCAUAUGCUGUUCUUCCAUCCUGAACACAGACUACUGUUCUUCCUCUACUUAAGGUUGUGUAUUUUCUUGUCCUGCUCCCCCCCGCACCCCCAGUAAUUCUGUGGCUUCUGUCUCCCCCACUGUCAAUAGAAACGGGAUGGUUACAAGCAACAGAAAAUAAUAAUGCCUGAGUUUUCAGUCAUGGCUUGCACAACCUGGCAUGUGUACUGCUUCACAGAUGAUGGGCUCUUCUGCUCUGUCUGUGCUUUCACAAAAACAGAUGGGGUCCUACCACAACUUGUGCCUGCCAUGGCCCUACUCAAUGUUGUUUGGCUUUUGUGGGGCAGGUGUUCUCCACAGAAGUACUCUCUCUCUUGAUCCACUGCUGGAACCCCAGAGGUUCCUGCAGCAAUUGCCUGGAGUAUUUUAUUUGCCUGAGAGUUGGGCCGGGCUGAGCUAAUCUGGUAGCUGGGUCUCACAGGCUAUUGCAGUGCUACUAGAUUGUAAUUCCUUUUUGAGGCCUACCAGGAUUGUCUACGCUCAUAACAGAGAACAACUCAAUGCUGUCUGUCCAUGCCAAAUAUAAACCUUUAUUAGCAACACAAGCGCAAGGGGGAUACAAAUGGUUGUAUGACUGAAACUGUUUUAUGCAAAACAAACUUUGCCGUACAGGUCAAAUGAUUUCUAAGGAAGGUCAAAUUGAUCCACUAUUGGAUUGUUAAUUGUUGAGAAGAAACAGGAAAGGGUUAAUGGGGGUUCUUUUCCUAAGAACCAUCUUUAAAAGAAAAUGGGGCAGAAACAAUGCAAAUGUUGGACAGGGCAAUCUGUGCAACCUAGCCCUCUUCUGUUGUUGGCCUGAGGAUAACAUUGCUGUGUGCUGUGCAAGCCCAGGCAUGCUGCAUUCUGGAACGCAGAGGUGAGAAGAAACGGACACUACAGAUCAUCUGUUUCCCAAAACUCUUCAGCUCUUAAAACCAUUUGAGAGGAAAAUUACUAAUGUUUGAGGGUUUCCACUGACAGUUUUAUAUUGCUUAGAGCAUAUAGUAACUUGCAGAUGCAUUUUGCUCUUGUGCCCCUUGUGCACAAAGGAGAAUGAAAACUGUCUACAGAAAAAUUAAUUGGAACUUCUGUACUGUUCCUUGGCCAAAAGAUGACUUUCCUUCUUUUCUCAUGCCCUGAACUCCAAAGUGGCAGUUAACCGACUGGCUGCAGUCAAUAGUUCCCGAAGUCAAUGCUUCAGGCUACUGCCACUGGCAACAAUUUUCUGUGGAGUAUACAUUAUUCAGAGAAGGAGCCACGUAGGCUCUUUCUCUGGACUGAUAGAGUUAUGUUAUACUUUCAUUGUAAUGCAUUGCUUGUUUGUCCUUGCCAGCCAACACAAGCCACAGAGUUGGAAUUAGUUGUUCCUCCUCACGCAGCAGAACAUGUUGUUUGCUGCAUCCUACUCUGUGGCAUAUUGGCAUACCCACUGGUGCCAGGAAGCUUUUUGACAGGGCAGGAUUUGCAAGACACGUUUGUAUGUCCUAGUGCCAGCACACAGCAAAUGAGGAGUCCAACAGCAUUCUCAGACACUGGGGGCAUUCGCAGAUAAAUGAUUCAUGGCUUUGGUUGUGACACUCAAUUUACUAGCAAGAAAA